GCUGAGGCAGGCGGGAUCCCUGAUAUCUCUCUCCACAGAGGUUCCUGCUGGGCCACCACCCCCAGGAUGGCUUCCGCCUCUGGGCCCCCUCCUUUCAGGCUGGAGACCUAUGGAGGCUGGGAAGAUGGAGCUGAUGUGCACUCAGGACAACGGGGCCUUGGGGACGUGCUGCCCCCCAUGGAGUCACCAUAUGUGCGCGAGGACCGGAACUUCUCCCCUCAGAUCAGAGUGAACCUCAACUACCGAAAGGCAGCAGGUGCCAGCCAGCUGGACCUAAACCGCUUUGACCGUGACCGGCUCUUCAGCGCCGCUGCCCGGGGUGUCCCCCAGGACCUGACGGGGCUACUGGAGUACCUGCGCACUACCAGCAAGUACCUCACCGACUCAGAGUACACAGAGGGCUCCACCGGGAAGACGUGCCUGAUGAAGGCCGUGCUGAACCUUCGGGAUGGAGCCAAUGCCUGCAUCCUGCCGCUGCUGCAGAUCGACCGGGACUCGGGCAACCCCAGGCCUCUGGUCAACGCCCAGUGCACAGAUGAGUACUACCGAGGCCACAGCGCCCUGCACAUCGCCAUCGAGAAGAGGAGCCUGCAGUGCGUGCGGCUGCUGGUGGAGAACGGUGCCGACGUGCAUGCCCGGGCCUGCGGCCGCUUCUUCCAGAGGAAAAGCCAAGGCACUUGCUUUUAUUUUGGUGAGCUGCCCCUCUCGCUGGCGGUCUGCACCAAUCAGUGGGAUGUGGUGGCCUACCUCCUGGAGAACCAGCACCAGCCUGCCAGCCUGCAGGCUGCCGACUCGCUGGGCAACACGGUCCUGCACGCGCUGGUGAUGAUUGCAGACAACUCGGCUGAGAACAGCGCUCUGGUGACCCACAUGUACGACAGGCUCCUCCAGGCUGGGGCCAGCCUCUGCCCCUCGCUGCGGCUCGAGGACAUCCCCAACCGGCAGGGCCUUACACCCCUGAAGCUGGCUGCCCAGGAGGGCAAAAUGGAGAUUUUCAGGCACAUCCUGCAGCGAGAGUUCUCGGGACCGUACCAGUGCCUUUCCCGGAAGUUCACUGAGUGGUGCUACGGGCCGGUCCGGGUGUCACUGUAUGACAUGGCCUCUGUGGACAGCUGUGAGGAGAACUCGGUGCUGGAGAUCAUCGCCUUUCACUGCCGGAGCCCGCACCGACACCAAAUGGUGGUUUUGGAGCCGCUGAACAAACUGCUGCAGGCGAAAUGGGACCUGCUCAGGCCCAGAUUCUUCUUCAACUUCCUGUGUUUCUUGACCUACAUGCUCAUCUUCACCGCUGUGGUCUACUGCGAGCCUGCCCUGGAAAAGGCCUUCCUCCCCAUGAAGGGGACAGUGGGAAACUCCCUGCAGCUACUGGGCCACAUCCUGAUCCUGCUUGGGGGCGGCUACCUCCUCCUGGGCCAGCUGUGGUGCUUCUGGAGGCGCCGUCUGUUCAUCUGGAUCUCGUUCUUGGACAGCUACUUUGACCUGCUCUUCCUGGUCCAGGCCCUGCUCACAGUGCUGUCUCAGGUGCUGCAUUUCCUGGCUAUUGAGUGGUACCUGCCUCUGCUUGUGUCCUCGCUGGUGCUGGGCUGGCUGAACCUGCUUUACUAUACACGCGGCUUCCAGUCCACAGGCAUCUACAGCGUCAUGAUCCAGAAGGUCAUUCUGCAGGACCUGCUCCGCUUCCUUCUGGUAUACGUAGUCUUCCUUUUCGGCUUCGCUAUAGCCUUGGUGAGCCUGAGCCAGGAGGUCCGGGACCCCAGGGUCCCCGCAAGUUCGAAUGCCACGGGGGCAGCGUGGUCUGGGGCAGGACAGGAGGACGGGGAGGGCAGCGAGGUCCCAUACCGUGGCAUCGUGGACACCGCCCUGGAGCUCUUCAAGUUCACCAUCGGCAUGGGCGAGCUGGCCUUCCAGGAGCAGCUGCGCUUCCGCGGGGCUGUGCUGCUGCUGCUGCUGGCCUACGUGCUGCUCACCUACAUCCUGCUGCUCAACAUGCUCAUCGCCCUCAUGAACGAGACUGUCAGCAGUGUCACCACCGACAGCUGGAGCAUUUGGAAGCUGCAGAGAGCCAUCUCUGUCCUGGAGGUGGAGAAUGGCUACUGGUGGUGCAGGAGGAAGAAGCAGCCGGCAGGGGUGAAGCUGAGGGUUGGCACCAGGCCAGAUGGUAGCCCGGAUGAGCGUUGGUGCUUCAGGUCGGAGGAAGUGAACUGGGCUGCCUGGGAGCAGACGCUGCCCACGGUGCGCGAGGAGCCUGCCGGGCCAGGCGACCCUGGUGAGUAACCGUGUGGGAGACUGUGUUCCCAUGUGUGUGGUCACAUGCGUGUGUCCGCAUGUGCAUGUUCAUAUGUGUGUCUGCUUGGCCACAUAGCUAUGCAGAGUCUGGGGCAGGACCUCUGCUGUGGCCACUCCUGAGCUACACUCAUUUGAAUAGAUGCCCCCCUGAAAGCAGUGCUCCCCCUACAUCCCCCGCCCGCUGGCCUAGGAAAACCUCCAGGCCAUUAGUGCUUUCGCAGCCCAGCCUGCACACCGACCUCCUCGCCUGCCUUCACCUGCCCUCACCUCCCGCCUCUUCACACCGUCCCCUCCUCCUCGCAGGCUCCAACCCACCGCCUGCUUUCCCCAUCCAAGUGCCAGGGCUGAGCCUGGAGCCCAGCAGGGGAACCGGCUAGGGAGGCCCCUUCCCACCAUAGCCCAGGGGGCAUCUCUGGCCCGCACCGGCUCUGUCCUCUCGGCCCUGCUGACCAGAGCACCGAGCCUCUUCCCACCUCCAGCCGGUUCCUCUGUGCCUGUCCUGCCUCUCCGGGCCUGGGUCCUCUCCUUCCCAGCGUGUGAGAGCCCCCUUGUCCCCCUCCCUGCUUCCCACCACGGGUGACUCCAUCCUCCCACCCAGAGGCCUCUUCUGAGAACCAGCUCUCUUCACAGCACACCCUCCUGGAAUCUUCCGUAGCUCCCAUCUCAGCUUCCGUGCGCUCCUUCCUCUCCUUCCUCAUCCUCUUUCAGAAGACUCCACUUGCUUGCACCUCUGGCCCAACCCCUCCCACAACAGCCUCCUGGGUCUCCUAGGACCCCUGUAGGGGACGCAUCUGUCCUCCUGCUUCAUGCCGGCUGGCUUCCCAGGUCCAGGGUCCCUGACGAAGGCCCUGGCAGCCCGGCGGGCUUCCUGUCUACCCACUUUGUCCUUAAUUCUGAGUCCUGCUGCCCCAUCACUUCAUUGCCAAGAUUCUAAAGGUCAACUUGCUCCUCAUCUUGCCCCAAGCAUUCCAUACCCCAACGUCACACCUGGUGCCUGCUGGUCCUCCUCCGGGCCAUCCCAAACAGGAACAGCGGUGGGGUGGUCCUACCAGGCCCACGUCACUGCACCCUCUCCUCACCAGGUGAGGGCUUUGCCAGUGUCUUGCCUCCUGCCCCCAUCUGGUCCUGAAGACCCACGGGCAGCACUUGCCCUCUGCCCGACUCCGCAUCUGCUGGCUCUGUGCUGCUGCAGGCUGCUUCGCCUGCACCCCGACCUCCAGACAAGCCUCUCUCUCCAGUGUCUCCCACUCCAAUUCCUCUUUGCAGGAAAAACUACACACGGCUCCACGACACAAUGCCCUCCUCUUCCUGGAAGGCCACCCUUUCAGUGCGCAGGUCAAGG